AUGCAUUUCUCAAGUCUGUUGCUGCCAACUCUGGCAUCUCUCGCCCUGGCGGCGCCCACAUACCCCAUCCUCAACCUCAACGCCGCAUUGCCGGGUAACAUCGAGGACAUUUCCGAGUACUUCAACAUGCUCGCCAACAAGGUCCAGGCCCUCAGAUAUCUUUCUGCUGAGCCCAUCUGUGACUUGAGCAAGGCCAAGAUGAUUUCUCCUGCCGAGGACCUUCCUGUUCCCUCAAAGGGUCUGACUCUAAAGCACGUCGCCAUCGGUCGCGGUACCCAAAACUACACAUGCGAUACCAGCAACUCAACAGCGGUCCCCGUCGCCACCGGCGCCGUAGCAACCUUGUUCAACGCCAGCUGCGUAGCUGCCAUGUACCCCGACCUUCUCGAAAAGCUUCCUUCGGUCUCGAUGCAGUUCAACCUGUCGGACAACAACAAUAACGAAAGUCCCCAACGCCUCGGUCCCAGCAGUCUCGGCGUGUCUGGACACCACCUCUUCACCAGUGCCGGGGUCCCACUCUUCAAGCUCGAGAGUGAGGGUCUCAGUAUUGGUGACGCCUACUGUUCUAAGAACUCGUCGAUCCCCGCGCCCACUAUGGCCGCCAAGGGCCAGCAGGGUGAAAGUGCCGUGGCGUGGCUGAAGCUUCUCACGACAGAGGGCAGCACCGGGGAUAUCCAAGAGGUUUACCGAAUCACUACCGCUGGUGGCAGUCCUCCCGCCACUUGCAAGGGCCAGCCCGCUGCGUUCGAAGUCCAAUAUGCCGCUCAAUACUGGUUCUAUCAGGGAGACGCUCCGGUCAAGUCUGCGGCUCCGUGA